GGCGACCAGUGCAGACACAGACACAGCCAGAGAGAGUAUUAAAAAGUGCUGCCUAGAAGAUGUGAAAAAGCAUCUGAGCGGAGAGUGAUAACACAAACGCAACAGACAGAACACAACUCUCAUUCUGCUCCUUAAAAUGGCCAUGACUGACCUGCUUGCUGUGUCUGACAUAACCUCUGCUAUCACUGCUUGCCAAGGCGCUGAUUCUUUCAACCACAAGGUCUUUUUCAGAGAUGUGGGUUUGUCUAAGAAGUCACCAUUGGAAAUGGAGAAAGUCUUUAGAAUCCUGGACCAGGACAAGAGUGGCUUUAUUGAGCAGGAUGAGCUUCAGAUGUUCCUUCAGAACUUCUCGAAGGGAGCACGGACUCUGACAGCAGCAGAGACCAAGGCUUUCCUCCAGGCAGGGGACAUGGAUGGGGAUGGCAAGAUCGGACUGGAAGAGUUCUCAGCCCUUGUCAAAGCUUCAUAGAGCCAAGAUCAAUCUCAUUCUGCAUUACAACGUGCACUGGAUUGUAUUUGUUAACUGUUUUACUACAUCUUUAUUUAGUUAUGGAUGUGCUGCAUUGCAUUCCACAUAUACUCUAUGUUUUAGACUUUGAC